UCAGCCGACAGCGAUGCCGGCAACGCCACCGAGCCCGAGCACGGCGACGAGCUGGUGGUCGAGCUUGUCAGGCUCGUGGUGGAACCCGGCGAGCUGAACGGCGAGUGGGAGUCGGACUGCGGCCUGAGGCGGGUCGCGGUUCGACCGCCAGAGCAGCCGCCGCUGCCACGCUGGGCGCUUUCGCCCACCACCAGCGAG